AUGAGCAGCGAGCGCCAACACUUACUCUCGUCGCCCGCCAUGCACAAGUACCAUCUUGCGCCGCCGCUAUGGUUCGCCUUCAGCCUCAUCGGUGGCAUGAUCUACGGCUACAACGUCAGCAUUGCGCCGUCGCUGCCCUACAUCACCGACAGCCUCAACCUCUCGACGUCGCAUCAAGAGAUGGCGAGUGCAUCCGCGACGCUGAGUGACGCGGCCGCCAUGCUGAUCGGCGGGCGGCUCGCCGACAGCUUUGGCCGGCGCAAGGUCGCCCUGCUCGCGUGCGCCAUGACGAUGCUUGGCGCCGUCGGGUCGGUUGCGUGGCACAGUCACUUUGGCGCGUUCCUCUUUUGGCGGCUGUGCACCGGCGUUGGCAACGGGCUCUCGAUCCUGAUUUUGCCCAUGUACAUUGCCGAGGGCACGGACACGGCGACGCGUGGCAUGGCCGUUGCCUUUUAUCAACUCGGCGUGCUCUCGGGCACCGUCCUGCCGUACGCUGUGAUUUUGCUCUCGGAGAGCUGGCUCCUCACGAUGCUGCUGGGCUGUCUGCCUGCGGCCUGCAUUGCGACGAGCUUUCUCACAGGUCUCUUCAAGGAGAGCCAGGCGUGGCGCGGCUACAAGAACGACGUCGCCGCGACGACCGCGCUCGAGGCGCGAUUGGACGCGGACGAUGCGACGCCGCUGACGCCGGAUGCUGGGAGCCCGCAUUCGGUGCGGGAGCUCUGGAUUGGUAUCCUCCUCGCGUACUCCAACAACUCGAUCGACGCGUCGCUUUUUUACGGGCCGCAGAUUGUGUCGAAGUCGUCAGCGUCGUUCUCGCGCCAUGACUCGAACGUCGUGGGCAUGGGCUUUUGCCUCCUCUCGGUGCUGGCAGUCGUUGUCGCCAUGGUGUUCCUCGUCACCAAGUACUCGCGGCGCCAGAUCUACCUCGUGACCCACACGGUCGUCGUCGUCGCCUUCCUCGCGUGCUUUGUGCUCUUUAAAUUUGUGCCCGCGAUCGACACGCCGCACUCGGCGGCUUCGAACGUGCUCAUUCUGGCGCUUGCGACGCUCGUCGUCUUUCAAACGUGCGGCCCGGGCCUCCUCUUUGUUCUGAUUGUGUCCGAGAUGUUUGGCCACGGCGCGGUCCGCGCGCGCUACAUGAGCUACUGCACGUUUGCCAUGUCGGCGUUCUCGCUGCUCAUCAACGGCACCAUGCUCUCGCUCUUUGAGGGCAUUGGUGUCGGCGCGACCUUUGGCGGCUACGGCUUGACGUACGCGAUCUGCUUGGUCGUCUUUUACAAGUGGCUGCCCGAGACAAAGACUCGUGGCAUCAUGGAGCACCCGUAAGAAAGCACGGCGACUCGGUACGCGUGCUUGUCCCGAUAUUGUGUUUGUG